AGACCCGGCUACGGGGACAAUAAAAUUUGCGAAGGAAGCGAGGACAAAGAGAGGCCGGAUCAAAGAAUUUCUGGCACGGUGAAGGGAUGAUUUAGAACAAGCCAUUGAAUUUCUACCUCGCUGCUCUCUCUCUCGCUCGCUCUCUCGCUCGCACCCUCGCUCUGCGUUCUGUCCGGGAGGAGUACGAAGAAGCCAAUAGGAUGCGGGGUCUCUAAUGGAUGCAAAUGAUCAUGAAAAGACAGUGCAAAAUAUGAAACAACUCAUUUGCAGGGAAGUAAAUCACCGAAAACUGUUUAUGAACUGGCAUCCCUUCUUCGAAAUGUAAAGCGAGGACCUCUUUAAGUGGCGCCCCCAACUACAGCCUCUGCCGCCGCCGCCGCCUCAAAAUUCAAUAAAAUGAGCUCUUAUUUCGUCAACUCACUGUUCUCCAAAUACAAAACCGGGGAGUCCCUGCGCCCCAAUUAUUAUGACUGCGGCUUCGCCCAGGACCUGGGCGGCCGACCCACCGUGGUGUACGGUCCCAGCAGCGGCGGCAGCUUCCAACACCCGUCGCAAAUCCAGGAGUUCUACCACGGGCCAUCGUCGCUGUCCACGGCUCCCUACCAGCAGAACCCGUGCGCCGUGGCGUGCCACGGGGACCCGGGCAACUUCUACGGCUACGACCCGCUGCAGCGCCAGAGCCUAUUCGGUGCGCAGGAUCCAGACCUGGUGCAGUACGCAGACUGCAAGCUCGCGGCUGCCAGCGGCCUGGGCGAGGAGGCUGAGGGCUCGGAGCAGAGCCCGUCGCCCACACAGCUGUUCCCCUGGAUGCGCCCGCAAGCAGCCGCCGGACGCAGGCGAGGCCGACAGACCUACAGCCGAUACCAGACCCUGGAGCUGGAGAAGGAGUUCCUAUUUAAUCCCUAUCUGACUCGCAAGCGGCGAAUCGAGGUAUCGCAUGCGCUGGGACUGACAGAGAGACAGGUCAAAAUCUGGUUCCAGAACCGGAGGAUGAAGUGGAAAAAAGAAAACAACAAAGACAAGUUCCCCAGCAGCAAAUGCGAGCAGGAGGAGCUGGAGAAACAGAAGCUGGAGCGGGUCCCGGAGGCGGCGGACGAGGGCGACGCGCAGAAGGGUGACAAGAAGUAGGCUCCAGCUGGGACUGCCAGGGCCGCGGCUUCCCGCACGUCCGCCGGUCCCCGACCGCGCCGCCGCCACCCGCCCUCGCCCGAGAGAGCUCUGGCCCCGCGAGCGGAGCCAGGAGCCGAGCCUCCCACCGCAGCGUCCCCGCCGCGCCAGUCCCCGCUAGUGGUAGUAUCUCGUAAUAGCUUCUGUGUGUGAGCUACCGUGGAUCUCCUUCCCUUCUCUUGGGGGCCGGGGGGAAAAGGAAAGGAUUUUAAGCAAAGACUCCCUCGCCCCGCAAGGGUGAGCGGCCGAGGCCCGGCUGUGCCCCCCCCUGUGCCCCCGCCCCCUGCCCCGUGUAAAAAGCCUCCUUGUGCAAUGGUCUUUUUUUCCUUUGAACGUGCUUCUUUGUAAUGACCGAGGUACCGAUUUCUGCUAAGUUCUCCCAACAACAUGAAACUGCCUAUUCACGCCGUAAUUCUUUCUGUCUCCCUGGCUCUCUCUCUCUCUCUCUCUCUUCUCUUCUCUUCUCUUCUUUCUCUCUCUCUCUCUCUCUCUCUCUCUCUCUCUCUCUCUCUCUUUCUCUCUCUCUCGCUGCGUCCUCAUUUCCCCUCCCAACCCCUCUCUCCCCGCUGCCCUCCCUAGCUGGCUGGCUUUCUCUCUUGCUUCUCUCUUUUCCUCCCCCACCCCCCACCUUUGGUUUGACAAUUUCGUCUUAAGUGUUUCUCAAAAGAGGUUGCUUUAGUUAGCAUGCGCGCUGUGGGCAAUUGUUAAAAGUGUUCUUAGGUUUACUGUGAAGAGAAUGUAUCCUGUAUCCGUGAAUUGCUUUAUGGGGGGGAGGGAGGGCUAAUUAUAUAUUUUGUUGUUCCUCUAUACUUUGUUCUGUUGUCUGCGCCUGAAAAGGGCGGAAGAGUUACAAUAAAGUUUACAAGCGAGAACCCGA